AUGGAGAAACACCACGAAAAGCCAAGAGUGCUGCAUGUGGUCUUCAUCGACUUAGAGAAAGCUUAUGACCGAGUGUCACGCCAAGAAGUCUGGAGAGGGUUACGAGAGCGAGGAGUACAAGAAAAAUAUAGUGUUCGAAGUCAUCACGGAAAAUGUAAGAGAAGAAACACCAUUGAUGAUAUUGUGCUAGUGGCAAAAAGUGGAAGAGUUCUAGAAAGGAAACUAGAAGAAUGGAGGUUUGUUUUAGAAAGUAGAGGGAUGAGAAUAAGCAGGCCCAGUUCGGAAUACUUCACCACAUAUAUAGAUGGCGACCAACUAGUCACAAUUAAGCUAGGUGGAGAGAACUUGAAAAGAGUUCGAACCUUUAAAUAUCUAGGUUCAGUGGUCGAAGAAACAGCCGGAAUGGAUAAGGAAGUUAAUUUCAGAAUUCAAAGUGGAUGGAAAUAUGGAGAAAAGUGUCAGGAGUGUUGUGUGAUAGGAGAGUUCCAAUUAGACUCAAAGCUAUACAUGAUACCGAAGCUGGAAUGGAAUAACAUUGCAACUUAUGCCUGUUGGAAUGGUCUUGAUCUUCAUCUGGUUCAUGCUGUUUCUGUGAGCGGACAAGUACCAGUGCUCUUAUGUGGCUGUAACUGUUUUGGAUAUAGGCUGAUACUGUAG